AUGGCGACCGCUAAGAAGCGACCGAGGGGCGAUGCCGAGGAGAGUCAGGCAGAAUGUCCAUUUAAGGUCGAGCAUCCCAGUCCUGGCGAGAAAGAGAAGAAGCAAAAGAAGCGGAGACGACAGGAUUCGGAAGACCAGCCCCAGCCGUCGCCCAAAAUGCCCCUGCAGGUAUCGCCCUUCUCGCCGACAGGCAAGUUCAAAGACCCUAAUAAUACCAUGGACCGGCACUACAUGGUGGCGCCAAAUCCGCGAUGGACAGAUAUGACGAGGUACAAUAGCUUUGUCUUGAACGGCGUCAAGUAUUACAGCGAAGGUUUCAUCUUCGUUGCAAACAACUCGACCAUCGAGAGGCAACGUAACCCGGGCGAGGCGAUGCAACCUAGGAAGAAGUCGGACGACGACUGGGUAGCGCGGAUUCUCGAAAUCCGAGCAAGUGAUGAGCAUCACGUUUACGCCCGCGUGUACUGGAUGUACUGGCCGGAUGAGUUGCCACCUGGGACACAGGACGGCAGGCGCAUGGUGCAGGGACGGCAGCCAUAUCAUGGGGUUAACGAACUCAUUGCCUCCAAUCACAUGGACAUCAUUAAUGUGGUAAGUGUGACAGCAGCAGCAACGGUGAAUCAGUGGGAUGAACAAAAUGAGGAUGAAAUACAGUCUGCCCUUUACUGGCGUCAGGCUAUUGAUGUACGGACUAUGGAGCUUUCGUCUGUCGAACUUCGAUGCAAGUGUAACCGCCCAGAGAACCCAGACAAGAUAUUGGUCGGCUGCACCAACGAUUAUUGUAAGAAAUGGCUCCACGAUGACUGCUUGGUCCACGGAGCACUACUCGACACGUAUAAGCGACUCGGGGCCGACAAGCCGCACAAGCCAUCCGUGGUUAAGGAAGAGGAGGGCGACGGACCCAAGCGACCUCUCAGUCCGAGCGAAUCGGGUGCCGGCCAAACUACACAACAGUCCAUUGAUGUUAAGCCCGAGGAGCAAGGGACCAUCAAGCUGGCCGAUGUUGAAAACAACCCCACUGCUCUCGACGUGGAGGACCUCACAACGAUUCCCGUGGCAUCGGGCAGCUCAGAACCAAAGAAACGCGGACGGCCCCGUAAGUCGGAACCCGGCGAUCCUGGUACAUCAAAACCAUACGAGGGGCUGUUUGAGGCCGUCAUCAGAAACGACCUCGUCCCACCAGUGGUUGAGAUUAAGGAUCAGCGGCAGAAUGUCGACGGCGGAGAUAAAUCCUGGACUGAACCUAUCCGCUGCCUUAUCUGUCACCAUGUAAUUCACUAG